AUGCAGGCCGGUGCCCUGAAGCAGCUCCGCGAGUUCCUCGGGGUCAGCAAGGAGCUGAUAUUCUACAACUCGCGUCGCCGCCUCGGUCUUGACGGCUUGGUGAGAAGCUUCGAGUUGAUCGGCAAGAAGAACUUCGAGUAUUUCGAAGACAGGGACGACCGCCUCGUCUACCACUCCGUGACGCUCGACCCGCCCGGCGGCGGCGACGGCAGGAACGGCAGAUCGAAGGAGAUGCUCCAGCUCGACAGCGUGCACAACGUGGAGCUCCCGAUCCGGAAGAUGACGGAGAAGUACGCUAGGAACCCGGACGUGCCGGCCGACGAGGAUCCACAAAAGAUUUGCUACUUUCUUGCUGAGGGGAAGAUCCGCGUGGACUACCACCGCGAGCCCGGGAUCCUGACCUACCGGAGCGAGACCUACUUCAGCAGGGACGGCGGCCUCGAGCGGCACCCGCCGAAGUCGCCGCCGCCCACCGCACAGGAGGUCCAGAAGCUCCUGCAGAUGCAGGUCGCCUGCCGCGAUCGCCUGGCGGAGGCGCAGCAGGGCAGGAACCAGGAGCUGAUCCUGCGGAAGAAGGAG